AUCGGCUCCAGCAGAGCGGUGUCUUUUCCCGAUCGCGUCGCCGACGACUCCGUCGCGCUCCUCAACUGUCGUCGGUCGUCGUGGAUCACACGUGCGCACUCAUCGGGAGGGGCUGGUCCCGGUAGUCGCGCUCUCAGUGACGCGCGCUCGACUGUAAGCUCCGCGCGAUUUUCUGUACUGCUCGUAUAUUUGUUUUGUACCUUAUUCAAGACUGCGUUCGUCGACGUGCCUGGAUUGUGCGUUGUUACGACGACGAAGCUUGGCGAAAGAGAUAAUUCGACACUUUUCCCCAUCCAUCGAACGCUGUCGGAGUUCACUGAUUGGAUAACUUUCUUCAGUGCCAUCCGCCGAUUGAUGAACGAAAUGAAGGAGAUGUUCGUCUAACUUCAAUCUUUUUGCUGGUGCGUGAGGCAGGCCGCCUAGCGACGCGACCAUCUCUGAGAUGAGAUGCCUACAAAGAGAACUGCUAUGCGUGGUACGUCGGACCGGUUCCCGGGAGAGCAGCUCUCUAACAGCUGCAGCCACGGAGAAGCAGCGCCCCGUGGAGCACGAUGUGUGUCCCGCACACGGAGACAAGCUGCAGUUGCAGGGCCUCAGAAAACGGCCGGUCGGUGCAGCCAGCGACACCGCAAGGCCGUUCCACGAAAUUCCUGGCCCUAAACCGUUGCCGCUCAUCGGAAACAUCUGGAGAUACCUGCCGCUUAUAGGUGACAUGGACCUGACGCGUAUGCACCGCAACGCGCAGAAGCUCUUGGACCGGUACGGGACCCUGGUGCGAGAGGUGGUCGUCGGGGACCGCGUCGUCGUGCACGUGUUCGAUCCGCGAGACAUGGAGCACGUGUUCCGUCACGAAGGACGCUACCCGGCGAGGCUGUCGCACAGGGCGCUACUCAAGUACCGACGCGAGAGGCCGCACAUGUACAACAGCGGAGGACUGUUUCCUUCGAAUGGCGAAGAGUGGUUCAGGCUGCGACACAUGUUCCAGAAGCCCCUCAUGCAGCAGGGGGCCAUGUCUGCCUACGUGGACGUCUUGCAAGAGAUUACCCUGGACGUCGCCAACCUGGUACGGCAAACGCGGGACAGCAACACGCUAGAAGUUGAAGACUUCCUCAAGCAGCUCUACCAGUGGGCCCUGGAAUGUACGGGUGUGCUGGCACUUAACACAAGGCUGGGCUGCCUGCAGCAGGGUCUCAGCAGUGACUCGGAGCAAUCGCGGCUCGUGGAGGCCGCAUCCGAGACGCACCGCAUCAUCAUGGUGACGGAGAACGGGCUGCCCUUCUGGAAAGUGUGGAACACCCCGGCUUACAAACAACUGGUCCAGUCGCAGGAUUUCAUGGCCAGUGUAGUCAGCAAGUACCUGGAGAAAGCCAAAGUGGCGGAAGAGGGUCCCGAUACCGGAACAGAACGAACCGUGCUCGAGAAGUUCCUGUCUAUGCCCGGCGUUGACCUCAAGGACGUCUUCGCCAUGAUACUCGACAUGUUUCUCGCCGGCAUCGACACGACGGCGUACUCGACCACGUUCAUCCUCUACUACCUGGCCAUGAACCGGCGGUGUCAAGAGAAACUGGCUCUCGAGCUGGCAUCCCUGCUGCCAACCAAAGACUCAAAGCUCACCGCGGAACAACUUCACGAGGCCGUGUACCUGAAAGCGUGCAUCAAGGAAAGCUUAAGACUCAGUCCCAUUGCGAUUGGAGUCGGCAGGGUCCUCCCGGAAGACAUCGUGCUGUCAGGAUUCAAUAUUCCAGCAGGGACUGUGCUCAUCAUGCACAACCAGGUGGCCUGCCGACAGGAGAGCAACUACCCGGAGGCCGACGUGUACCGACCCGAACGAUGGCUCAAGGAGCGAACCGAGGGGACGCGGGCGCACCCUUUCACGCUGCUGCCAUUCGGCUACGGACCACGAAUGUGCAUCGGCAAGCGCUUCGCCGAGACCGUCAUGUGCCUGCUCGUUGCCAGGGUUGUUCGCAAUUUCGUCUUGGAGUACAAACACGAGGAUCUCGACUGCUUCACUCGGCUCAUGAACGUUCCGGACAAGCCACUCAAGAUGACUUUCAUCGACAGGAAUUCAUGAGCCUCGAAUUACCAAAGAUGCGCCGGAUUUUUUUCUUUUUAAUCGCGGUCGACGCUUUCAAACGAGGAGAGCUUUUAGCCAUGUGCGCUGCUUCUGGCGAUGAAAGAAAUUCCAGCGUCCCUCUCCACUUUGGCUGAAGUCUUUUUGCCAAAAAAAAAAAAAAGAAUGGUGAAAGCAUGCAGUGCCAACUUGGCAAGCGAGGUGCUACAGCCGUUAUUUGUAUAGCUCAACGAUGCUUCGUAGUGACGGAGCCCGUCUCCAUUUGUCUCUCUUGCCUUCCCGUGACUUGGCCGCUUCUCACGAGGUUUGGGUUUUCGCGUUUACAUCUGCGAUAAUACUUUGCGACCAACAAGUCACUGAAACGGCACAGAUAUCAGUUGUCAGGGGUAAUGCUGAUUCAUAAUAUUUUUUUUCUAUAAGGCCAGGGGUUCGAACUUCGACCACACCAACCGUAUUCUGGUAAAGAAGAGUCCCGACUAACGACGUACGAUAUCUUGUUAGAUUCAAGUGUGCCUGAGGCGGGGCAUUGUAGCGACCGCCAUGUUUUAUUCAUAUUGUUAGAGCAAUUAAUUGCGGCAGUUGUGGCGUACGUUAUGCACAUAAAGAAAAAGGCUUGUUUCAAGGAACUACACGCUGAAGUAACGUACACUACAGUCGACACUACCAACGGUACAAAACCCAACUUAAACGUGUGAGCGUGCCUGAAAAAAAA